UGUACGUCAAGUUGUGUUGAUUGUGCAAAACAAAACGUCAAAAAUCUAAAGUUUAACUUUCUUUCCGUUUUGUAUAAGAUAUUUAGCAAAAAACAUUUUCACCAUGGUACUCGAAAGUACAAUGAUAUGUGUUGAUAACAGCGACUUCAUGCGAAAUGGAGACUUCGUUCCGACGAGAUUGCAAGCGCAACAAGAUGCAGUAAAUCUGGUAUGCCACUCCAAAACCAGAUCUAAUCCUGAAAACAAUGUAGGACUUCUCACUCUUGCCAAUGUGGAAGUUCUUGCUACAUUGACAAGUGAUGUGGGCCGCAUUUUGUCCAAAUUGCACCAAGUGACACCUAAUGGAGAUAUCAAUUUACAUACUGGAAUUAGAAUUGCCCAUCUGGCACUGAAACAUCGACAAGGUAAAAACCACAAGAUGCGCAUUGUUGUCUUUGUGGGCAGCCCUGUAGCUAGUGAGGAAAAAGAACUGGUAAAACUGGCGAAGAAACUGAAAAAGGAGAAAGUGAACGUCGACAUAAUUAGUUUUGGCGAAGAUACAAUAAACUCAGAAGUCCUAACCUCCUUUGUCAAUACUCUUAAUGGCAAAAGUAAAUAUUUUGGUUUGCAGGACGGCAGCGGCAGCCAUUUAGUGACGGUACCGCCGGGUCCUCAUCUAUCAGAUGCCCUCAUUUCCUCCCCAAUAAUUCAAGGAGAGGACGGAAGCGGAGGCGCUGGUCUUGGCGGCGUCGGUUUUGAAUUUGGCGUUGACCCCAACGAGGAUCCCGAAUUGGCCUUGGCGCUGCGCGUGUCGAUGGAGGAGCAACGCCAGCGCCAAGAGGACGAGGCUAGGAGGGCCCAGGAGGCGUCUUCUGCGGAGGCCGGCACCAAAGCGGCGCCCAUCAAAGAAGAGCCGAGUGAAGAAGCGAUGCUGGAGAAGGCUUUGGCCAUGUCGAUGGAAGAGGGCGGCGAAACCACUACGAGUAGAGUGCCGGUUGAUUUCGCCAAUAUGACAGAGGACGAACAGAUCGCUUUUGCCAUGCAGAUGUCCAUGCAAGAUGCUCAAGAAUCUUCGGCGUCCGCAACUAAAGAUGAACCAAUGGAAGUGGAGGCGGAUGAGGACUAUACGGAAGUAAUGAAUGAUCCAGCGUUUUUGCAGAGCGUUUUAGAAAAUUUACCCGGCGUCGACCCGUCGUCUGAGGCUAUUCGUCAAGCCGUAGGAAAUCUUAAGGAUAAGAAGAAAGAAGAUAAGGAUGAUAAACAGAAGAAGUAAAUUAUGUUAUAAGGUUACAUUUUUAUAUUUUUUUCUUUAAUAUAAAUUUAAGAGCAGUUUCUCAUAUUUUAGUGGACACCCGUAAUAAAUAAAUAAUUCAAUUACA